AUGGCACGGCGGCAGUGGAGCAGCGGCGGCGGCGGCCUCGCGUUGGCAGUGCUCGCCGUGCUGUCGUCCGUGCUCUGCUCGGGCCACCCGGUGCCUGGCGGGGGGUUCCCGCCGCUGCAGCCGCACUUCUACGACCACGCGUGCCCACAGAUGCAGGCCAUCGUGGGCUCCAUCGUGGCGAAGGCGCACGCGGAGGACCCGCGCAUGGCGGCGUCCCUGCUGCGGCUGCACUUCCACGACUGCUUCCCGAUGACCAGCGAUAACCAUGGCCUAGGUAGUGGAAGUGAUGGCUUUACUAGAGGUGUUGCAAGGCCCUCAAAGCAUGAGGAUGGGGGAGAAACCAAAGAGUAG